CCUGGGAGCGGGCAGGUUCCGUCCAGUGCGGGGGAGGGAGCGUGGAGGAGAUGGCGCUCGCCAUGCUGGGGGCUCUGUACCCCAGGGCUGGCCUCAGCCUCUUCCUCUUCUACCUCAUCCUGGCGGCCACGCUGCUGCGCCCCCAGCCUCUGCGGUCUCUGCGGUCUGUUCCUGAGGAGUUCUCCGCACCCCUGGAACUGCCACAGCCACUCUCCGGCCUGGUGGAUGACUACGGGAUCCGACCCAAGCACCCCUGGCCCCGGGGGCCGCGGCCCCUGCUCUCGCGGGCCCAGCAGCGCAAGCGCGAUGGGCCUGACAUGGCCGAGUACUACUACGACGCCCCCCUGUGACGUGAAGCCCCCAU